AUAUUUUAACAAUGAUUGUGACAUCUAACUCAAUUCUUGAUUAAGAACAAACUUCACGCACAGCUGUAAAAAUAAUUUCUUCAUGUUUUGAAAAAUAAUUCAUUUUUCAACGAAUAUUUUAUAACAGCAAUUUUGAACAUUGAGUCUUCCCAAGGAGUAUUAUUGUUGAGUUGCCAUGAUAAAUGAAGGUCAUAAAUAAAUGUAUUUGUUUACGAAAAAACAUACUAAUAGAGUUGAAUCGUUUUGAGUUUCUAGAGAAAAAUCAAGCAAUCAGAAAACAAACAUUGUGAAUAAUUUAAUGGUAAAAUUUGGAAUGAUCAAAGAACAAGCUUAGCAUUUCCCGGCACAUUGCUUAGUAAUCUAAUUACUGACUUUAUAUUUUAAAUGAUAAAAAUUGAAGUCUCAACUGUUGGAGCAUAAUAAUAUUUUCAUAGACUUUAGACUCAGUCUAAAAAAUACAGGUAUAAACACGGUAGCUAAGAAAAUCUGAGCCUAUUGUAGUAUGAAAUGUUGUCAGACGAAAUACUUGAAAUAUUUUAGGUUUCUUCAUUACCUGACAAAAUUCAGAUAAGCUUCAUUGAUGGAAAUGUUUUCGUGUUUUUUAUCGCGAUUUGUUUCAAAUAAACAACAUUCAAUGAUCAAAACUGAAAAUAACAGUGUUAAAUAAACGUGUAAAUAUGUGUUAUUACGUAACUAGGCAAUUAUUUUACAGUUUAGUUCCUCGUUCGCACAUUAAAGACACUUUGUAAGAAGCUAUAAAUUCUUUUCGGCCUUGUAGAAGGAAUACUUAAUGAGAACAUUAAUGUCGGUAAAAAAGUUUAUUUUAAGAACUGCUAUCUUCUCACAUAGGAGUUUUUCAUACUCCUGAGUAUUCUGUUCCAGCCAGUAGAUCAUCAAGAUAAACUCUCUGUUUCUGCUCCUCCGUGCACAAUGAUCAACUCCGCCGGCACUCUCUGGUUGGCGAGCUGUAUGGUCGUCAUUCUCAUAAAUUCAACCAGCGGCAUUCAUAAUUUUAGAAGGCACAGACACAGAUUUGAAAACAUUGUUUCUUAUUCGGUUGCUGCAAAUUCUCCGAAAGAAGAAUGGUUCGAUCAAAAACUCGACCACUCUGACCCACAGUCGGGAAAAACAUGGAAACAGAGAUACUUCACCAACGCAACUUUCUUCACCUAUCAGAAAAAUUCUCCUGUAUUUCUAAUGAUUGGCGGUGAAGGACCCCUUAGUGAAAAGUGGAUGUCAAGUGGCGCUUGGAUUGAGUAUGCGAAAAAAUAUGGAGCCUUGUGUUUUCAAUUGGAGCACAGGUUCUAUGGUGAAAGUCAUCCUACCGAAGACAUGAGCAUCAAAAACCUGGAUUACUUGACAAGUGAACAGGCUCUGGAUGACUUGGCAUUCUUCAUCAAGGGCAUGACAGAGAAGUACUCACUGCUGAAGACGAACAGAUGGUUUGCGUUCGGAGGCUCCUAUCCGGGUUCCCUGGCUGCGUGGGCCCGCCUCAAGUACCCACAUCUCAUUCAUGCAUCCAUAUCCACCAGUGGACCUCUUGUGGCAAAGGCUGAUUUCAAAGAAUAUUUCGAAGUUGUAAAAAAUUCACUUGCAACCUACGAUGCUAGUUGUGUAACAGCCGUCCAUGAUGCUAAUCAACAUCUCGAUUCUCUCAUUAAAACUGAUGUUGGGCUCAAAUACAUCGCCAAACAAUUCAAGCUGUGCAAGCCAUUGAACGUUAAAAAUCCAAAGGACGUGCAAAACUUCUUCGAAGGUCUGGCCGACAAUUUUGCUGGAGUUGUGCAGUACAACAAGGACAAUCGACUAGGGCCAAAAUCGAAUGUGACCAUUGAAACACUCUGUGACAUCAUGAUGAAUGAAAAGCUGGGCACUCCUGUUGAACGCUAUGCCAGGGUGAAUGAAAUUAUGCAUGAUGAAUCAUGUAAUAAUUUCCAGUAUGAUUCUGAAAUAAAAGAGCUACAACAAACUGAGUGGAAUAAAAAUACUAGUGAAGGAGCUCGGCAGUGGACUUACCAGACGUGCACUGAAUUUGGAUUCUUCCAAACCCAGAGCUCAAAAACUGAUCUAUUUGGGCCACACUUUCCAUUAGAUUUCUUCGUUGGAAUGUGCAAAGACAUUUAUGGAGAGAGUUUCACGCCACGCUUAUUAGAGGAAGGUAUUAGCCGCACAAAUAUAAAUUAUGGUGGUUUGGACAUCAUGACCAGUCGAGUGGUAUUUGUUCAUGGAUCCAUCGAUCCUUGGCAUGCUUUGGGGAUUACGAUUUCAACUAACAAACAGACUCCAGCUAUUUAUAUUGAAGGAACUGCUCACUGUGCCAACAUGUAUCCUCCUUCUGAGAAGGAUUUUCCUCAACUGAAGAAAGCUCGCGAGGAUAUUUCUGAAUUGAUCGGUGUUUGGCUCAAUCAGUAAAGACAAUUUUCAUGUACCAAAAAUCACUAUAUACUUUUUAUAUCUAGCCAUUUACUUAUACUAGUGUUGAAAAUCAGUUUUACAUAAAGUUUUAUUUGUAAUA